AUGUCACACAGAGGAGGUAGAGGAGCUCAUGGCAGGUGUGCUAGUUACAGACCCACCGGACCAGACGGAAGGCCCAAGAAGCACGUUUUAGACGGACCAACAAAAGACGGAAAGGAUCCGAGGAGGACUUACGUUCCAGGUGGAAAGAACGAAAGUGCCGAAGAAAAAAAAAAAAGAAGGGAGGAAGAGAGAAAGAGAGAAAAGGAGCAGGAAAGAAAGGAAGACAGAGAAAGAAUGGCAAGAAACCAGAGAGCUGGACUGGACGACGACGGCGAGCCUAGAGCCAAGCGACCCACUGGAGGGGCUGACAAUUACCAAGAGCCUUUUGAAUUUAACAACCCUGCUACUCCAACAGGGGCAACUCCCGAAGGUGGUGACGAAGACAUGGGUGGUGGUGGUGGUGAAGACGAACCUAACCCUUUUCAAGAGGACCCAGAGGAUACACCUUCGGCACCAGAGCCUGGAGACAGGACUGGCAAAAACUGGGGGUAUGGGCAGUAUGCUCCCUUUUCAGCCAGUGCCUAUACAAACUAUGCAAGCAAGACAAACAACACCACAGAGAGGAGACACAGGCAAGGAGAGCUGAUCACCUACCUCAGGGGAGCCGCUGCAGAGCUGAUAGAAACUCCAGACGAUUUUACACGACUGCCCAUGAUAGUGUCUCAGACUUCUCCCACAAAGUGGCCACAGCCCUACAAUGGAACCCUGAACGAACUGUGCAAGAAAUGUGGUUUUGCACCAAACAACAUGGUGAAGAUCAGGCACACCACUGGCUAUGCCAAAGUCCGAGGACAAGCGACUCCUGGAGGAGUCACCAUUGAUGCAGGAAAGUAUCAAGGCAGAAGAGCAGUGUUGCCUGGACAGGGAUACACUUCCAGAGCUUACAACUUGCUCUACAGCUACAAGAGCUUGACUGUCACCAUGACAAAGGUGGUCACCAAAAAGGGUGUGCAGAUUGGCCGAAUUGGAGGCAAACCUCACCAUGGAGCCUUCCUCAUCACGACUGACUGGUUGACUUACAACCUGUACAACAUCUAUAACACCCAGAUAGACAACAGGCCUGGAGACAUAUUUGACCUCAUCUACUUCUUCAAUCAAGCCACCAGAGGACUGGAAGAGAGAGGUUCUCCGAUACAGGUGUCCAUAGAGGAAGGCAAUGCUUUUGCUUUUGCAUCCAAAGCUGCCUACCCUUCAGCUGGGCAGAGAAGCCUUCCACUACAUGACCAAGCUCAAAGAAAGGAAUCCAGACCAGUACCAGAAACUUCUGACCGACCCAGACCUCAAAAGGUUCUAUGUCGACGGAUGGGGAAGUGUGGACCUGAACACUGGCAAGAAAAUAGACGAUCAACAUUAUUAGUGACGUAA